AUGUCGCGCAUCUUUCAUUCCAGUGCAGCCCAGAAGAGAAUACCUGAUACUCAAGAUGUGAGCAGACUCAUUCGUUGGGGAGAUGUCAUACAUAUCAAUCUCGGCGGAUAUCAUAUGUCCCCCUCCUCAGCUCGUACUGUCAACAAGACUCUCGGUAUCAAUGAUACUCAGUUCAAAGACGGCCAACUGAAAAUCCCGAUCAAUAACUGGCUCGCAGAUAAUAAACCGGACGUUUUGAGUGGAUGCCUUACAUGGCAGUUCGACCCACUUAGCAGUCGUGUGUUCUUCUUCACACACUUUUGUGAUGACUGGGUGUGGCCAGAAGAAGACGAGGAAGAUCUUCGGGUCAAGAACUGGCUAAAGGAGAACGGCGCCACUGACACGGAAUGGAUAGCCUUAUAUGAUGAGUAUGGCUUCACUCACUUCGGAUUGAAACCUCUCGCAAUGGCCGAGUGA